AUGAUAGUCAUUAUUGUUCUUGUUGAAAUUCAACAACAGAAUGGUUUUUCUCAAGUUUUUCAUGAUACAGAACCUAUUAGUCGUCUUACACAUGAUGUUUAUGCCAUACAAUUUCCUUCAUCAAAUUCAGAAAGUAUUGAACAUAGUACAUCAUCUACAGAAAAAUCAUCUUCAUCUUAUGUUAAUUUACUUGUUCUUAAUCGUGUACGAUAUAAUUCUGGUAGAAAUGAAAGAUUUGGUGCACCAAUUGUUGUUCGUGUUCCUCGUCAAUCAAAUUAUCGUACAUUACAAUUAUCAAUAAUAAAAGCUCAACGUUCAUUAAUUCGUGAUGAUGUUAUGGAAUAUGCUCAAGAUUAUGUUGUUUUUCAAUUAACACUUGUUGAUCAAUAUCAAUCAACAUCAUUUGGAACAUUAAAACAAGAAUAUUCUAUUUCUCAUGAUGUACAAUGGCCACUUUAUCUUGAGAAAAUUAUUGAAAUUCUUGAUGCUCAUGAUGGACCUGGUAUAGGACCAUCACAUAUUCAAGUCUAUGCUAAUUGGCAUGAAAAAUUUGUCGGAGAAUUUUUAUCUAAAUGGCCAUAUGGUGAUGAUAAACCAGAUAUUCAUCAAUCAGUUGCACAAGCACGUGCAACAUUACAUCAACCAUCAUCAUCCUUAAUUUCAUUAGCAGAUUGUUUUUCUUUAUUUACACAAUCGGAAAGUUUAAAUUAUGAUGAUGCAUGGAUGUGUACACAUUGCCGACGUAAAGAAAAUGGUACAGUAAAACAUUUAAAAAUAUGGACAACACCAUCUGUUUUAAUUAUACAUUUAAAACGUUUUUGUCAAACAAAAAUAUCGAAUUCAAAAUUAACAUAUCCAGUACAAUUUCCACUUGAUAAUCUUAAUAUAAAACGAUUUUUAUCAACAACAAAAAAUUUAACAGAUGAUGGAGAAGAUGAAAGUGUAAUAGAUGAUGAACAAGAUGAAUCUAUUGAAAAUCAAGAUGAAAGACAAUAUGGACUUUAUGAUCUUUUUGCAGUUUGUAAUCAUCGUGGUAGUAUGUCAAAUGGACAUUAUACUGCUUAUUGUAAAAAUCCAAUAACAAACAAAUGGUUUUGUUAUGAUGAUCAUCUUGUUUCGGAAUUAGAUCCAUCACGUGUAUGUACACCAGAUGCAUAUAUUUUAUUUUAUAAGCGUCGUGAUACACCACCAUCACCAAGUCCACAAUCUAUUCCAAAAUCUUUAUCAUCACAACAAGAACAAAUUGAUUCGAUGGUUAAUGAAUUUGAACAACAUUUAAAUCUUGAUCAUUCAUCUCUUCAACCACCAUUACCAUUACCACGAAAAUUAUUAACAUCAGGAUCUGAAGAUGAAUCUUCACGAAUACCAUGUCCAAUACCACGAACACGUAUAUCAAAAACUGAAGUACAAAUUAUUUCUCAGCCAAUAUCAUCUGUUAGACAACAAAUAGUCAAUUCAAUUCCGUCAUCUGAAUCAUUAAAUAAUUGUAAUAGAGAAGUAAUUAGUCCAUGGAGUCGUUUUAAUAAUUAUCGAUAUUCUAAUGAUGAACCAGACAGUAAUGUAGUUGAUCAUACCACGAUAUUACGAUAA